AUGGGGGACGGUGACGGCGGCGACGACAACCUCUCCAUAGAAUUGAACUCCCUGUUCGCUAUGCUCGACGGGCAUCCGGAUUCCACUGUAAGCCCCACGCCUCUCCUUCUCUCUUCCUUCACAAAAAAAAACGAAAUCCAGAUAAGGUUGCGCAGUUGACGAUUUUUGAUUGUGGUGGGAUCCGUGUCGACUUGAGUUGGUCUGCCCCAUCUAGAAUAAGGUUUUGCUUCUUUCCUAACGUCGAUAACCUUGCGAUAUAUCAUCAUCAUCAUAUUGGAGCACUAGGCUAGAGUUGGGGGUAAAAUUCCUGACUUCAACUUUACAUGGUAUUUGAGGGAUCCACAUGUUUAUCUACUUACGAUUGGUCCCAAGAUAAUGACUGCACAUAAACUUCUCAGAGCAUUGUUAGAACGGUGAUUUUGAACUUCCAAAUUGUAACUGAUUUCAUUGUUGAGGUUGCACUAUUGGAGAUUUGGCUUUGUGGUGAUCUGGAGGGCAUCUGAGGAAAAUGUUAUUCACGAAGCUUGAUUAUCUGCUUUCUGAUCAGUGAAUUGGUGUUGGGAAUAUAAUAUAUGUAUAACUAACUUGAGACAGAUGCUCAAUUAUUUAGUCAUUUGAUAUCCUUGAAGAAUACUGGAUUUAAAAAUUCCAGAUUGUAGGACCAGUAUAUAUUGCUCCAUAAUAUUAAUCAUACCUCUGAAAUUUGUGCAUAUUUUAAUACUUUGGGUGAUGUGAAGUGUCACCUUAUUUUUUCAUCCCUUAUGCUUCUUGUUGAUUUAGUGUUGCUCCUUUUUGUCUACCCAUUUGAGGAAACAGAGGUAAAAUCCAGAUUGGUGUAGAAACUAUUUUCUUCAUUCUGAGUCCUCCCUGCAGUGCUGUACACAUGUUCUGAUUGAGAUUAAUGAAUCAUUUAGGAUCCCUCGUUUUCAUUUGUUAAAAGAUUUACAAAGAUGUUCGAACCGCAUUAAUUAAAAUCUUGGCUGACAAGGUCGAAUAUGGUGCUAUACGAAUUGUCGCAAAUAUUCACAAAAAGAUUCAGCCCUCAAGAAGAUACAUCUUUCACUAGGAUGAACUGCCUUUCCACGCUUCAUUUUUCUCAGCAUUGCAGGUGACACUGGUAUUGAUAGCCAUUAUUCAUCUUUCUUUUGUGGUAAGGAUAGGAGGUAAUUUGAGAAGUCAAUGAAGUUUCAGAAAAUUAUGGAUCAUUGUGUUCCCCCUAUGGAAGAGAGAAGAACUGAUUUCUUCCUGAGUUGAUUGAAGCUAUUAUGUUUUCCUUCACCAAUUGAUUCUUAAUCAGAUCCAAGAUAAACAAGGCAUCAGAUGACAUUCGCCCUUUUAUUUGACCGUAAUAAAAAUGUAGCACGAUAAAUGUCCUUAAGUAAAACAUAUUCAACAUCGUCCCACAAGGAGUAUCUGAUAGAGACUAUUUUUUAUCUCACUAUUUUUCUGCUGUCCUCUUCAUUAUUUCCAUGUACUCACCAAAAUAUUUGAGAAUAUAUUGAGAUUCAAGUUAUAGGAGACUCAGUGAGCUCUUCCACUUCCGAAGACUGCUACCUGCUAUCAGAAAUUAUUUCACUGGUAUACAUGGGAUGGGCACAUUGAGGCAUUUUGUGUUGCUAUUUACCAGUAUUUCUCAUAAGCUAUUCUGGAUGAUUUUUUUUCCUUACAGCAAUUAUUCUUAAUGAUUUAUUUCCUUAGAUGCAACGUUUGGUUUUCAAACUCUUACAGCAGAACUUGAACUUACAGAGAAUCCAUGAAGAUGAUUUGCUAGCCGACCCGAUUGAGGAAAAUCGUCAUUUUCGGACGGCGUCACCACCUGAAGAUGGUAAUUAAUCUAAGCUUCCUAAACUCUUCCUAAUUUCGGCCUGAAGGAUAAGUUAGUUGUCAAACAUUGAUAUGCACUGACUUGCUGAAUUUUCUUUUCUGAUGUUUUUUCUUUGUGUCUCAGGAGAUCUGUUGAUGACUCUCCAGCCAGUAGAAGAACUUGAACGCUCAAGAGACACUCUAUUAGACGAUUCAGAUGCAUCUAGUUUUAAGGAAGGAUCUGGGUUGGUGUCAUUAUGUGAGGGUGUGGGAAACCAGAACAACUUUAAUCUGUAUGACACAUCGUCCGAACUUGUGAAUCCUUAUGAUCCACAUCAGAUUGAUACAUCUCGGAAUGCAAGUUAUACACCCGAUUCCUUAUGUUUAUCAACCUCGGGAAAUGAAAAUGUUUUGAUAAAUUAUGAUGGAUGCUCUGCUGCUCCCUCUCUAUCCGGGAGCUCUCAAUAUCAGAAAAUGUGGUCUCAGGUUUCAGGAACACCUGGGAUACCUGUACACAAGUCUAUUCAUGGUACACAAAUUACAGAACGUGUGAAUGAUAUUCAGUUUGGACUCAGAGAAGGGCAAAAAUCGGGACAAGGAAGAGCCAGGUCUCGACUCAAACUUGAAGCAGAGCCCUGGAAAGAUAAAUCAUUCAUCUCGUCCUCGGAUUGUUUGCAACAAAUCGAAGCAAGAGGUGGCUUUUGCUUUGCAUUGACUUUUUUUUUGUAUCGUGUGAUGACAUGUACUGAGAUCUUGCACUCUUUAACUGCAGGUUCUUCUCAUUUCAUGUCAAUCAGGCCUUAUGGUUUUGACAGUGCUCACAAUGGUGUUUGCACAAAUGAUUCAUUGAACACAAAUACACAAGCUGAGUUAUGCCGGACUGCAUCAUAUUCAUCCAAUGAUCGGGGUUUCAUUUCAGAAAACAUUCUUAAGAAUAACGAUGGGGAUAUAGAAUUGACAUGGAAUUCCUUGAAUAAUAACGAGUGCUAUGGUGGUCUUUCAGCUGAGAGCACCUCCAUACCUUUUUUGCCCGAUCAGUUGUCCCAGUCAUUUACUUCAGGUGACAGAAAACAUAUGACUAAUUGGAAGGAUAAAGCAGAAAGCCAGGAGCACAAACCCCUGGACUAUCUUGAUAAUGGAGUUGAGCUAUGCCUACCAGGGGAAACAUUAUACGGCGCUAUGCUUGAUUCCUAUUUUGUGGAUUCUGAUUCAUCUCAGUCAGAAAUGUCAUGCGGUGAGACAAAGAAUAUUGAGGUUCUUCAGUAUUUGCCCAUGGAAGAUUCUUGGUCAUUAUCUCUUGGUGAAAAUUACUCCAAUGGUCAUUGCAGACCUCUUCCUAGUUCAUCCAAAAGAUCACUACCUGACUCUUACCCAUUCAUUCAAAAUAAGAAAACAAAGGAUUAUAUGGAGAAUACAAAAAAGGAAGAACUCAUGCUCCCCCAAUGGCCAUGUCAUUCUGUGGAGGGUGUUAGACCAGUACUCCCUGUAAAUCAAUCUGGAAGCAUUACAAAUCUGGACGAGGAUCCUGAUGUAUGCAUCAUUGAUGAUAUUACUAAUGUUGGCCUUCCAACAAGCCUGUUAGUGCCAAAAAAGUUUCAACUGGGACCACCACGAUAUGGCUCUAGUUAUGCUUGUCAAUCUCGAGCAAAUUCCUCAAAGCUUCAGUCAGAUGACGAAAAGUUGGCUUUUCAGAUUGCACUGCAGGUCCUUUCCCAUUCUCCAUGCUAGCUUUACUUUUUAAUAUUUGACACAUUUCUCUGUUGAUGUAUAUAAAUCAUCACUUUUAUUUAAGUCUGGAAGAUUUACACUCUUUUUUUUAAAAUUAUGGAAUAAUUAGGCAUUGAAUUUUGGCAUAUUUGUUCUGUUUACUUUCGUUUGAAGUCUAAAUUUUCUUUGGGUGUGUUUGGUAGACAUUUGAAAAAUGUCUUGUGUGUGGAUCUCUUGGGCGUAAUUUUUUGCUUUCCUUAAUUUAACUGCAUAAUAUGCUGCAUGGUAACUUAAGUGGCUUUUCUGAAUUUCUAUGUACAAUUAAACCCAACGUCUUCUAGAGCAGUAUUCAUUUUAAAAAGGCAAAUUAUGAGCUGUGUUUUAAGAGAGUGCAACAUUGUUUUGAGUGAGGGGUAAGGGAGAUGGGUAUUGACUAGUUAAGUCAAUUACUUCUAAACCUAGUACAAAGAGAAUUGAAAAUAUGAGCUUGUUGACAGAAGUAGGAGUGAUUUGUCUGCACCUUUCUGAUCCAAUCCUUAGCCCUUUAAAAAUUGUUUCAUCUAGGACUGUGAAAAGUUACCUUUCUGGAGACUUGUAGAUCGGUAUGCAACUCUGCAUCUACUGAGGCGCAUCUCUAGUUCAACCUUGGAAUCCAUCUGGAUAUAUGAAGAGGAUGCGUAGCAGUUUACACUAGACAUCUGAUAAAACGUUUGAGCUUUUCUUGUAGUUUAAAAUUGACAACGUGAUUCUUACAACAGACUGGGUAAAACUAGAUGGUGCUGCCUCUAGUCCUUUUUAUUCUGCAAAUAUCGUUCAUAAUUUUCUAAGUGGGAGCUUUCUGACUUUUUCCCCCCAUGAAUUUCAAUGCCUGCGUCUAUUCCAUACAAUCAAUUUGAAGGGCGAAGACCUUUGGUAGUAUUCGAAUAUUUUUAUCAGUGAACCAUAAGACUACUGAAAAAAGGGCUUUUUUGCUUCCUUAGUGUAGACAUUUGAGUGCUUACUUUACUGAAAGCCUUUAUUUCAUAAAAAAAUUCAUUCUUCCUUUCCAUUCUCCAAAAUAUUAAAUUUUUUCAGGGAUAGUUUUUCUAAUUGGACCGUGGAUUUGUUAACUGUCCCUAGCUCUGAUUGCACCAGAUCUUUUGGAAGCUGAGAACUCAUUACUUGGUUGAUGGUGAAUGCACUGCAGAACUAGUGGUAAAGGAAGUUUUGGAUGAGGAAAGGCCACCUUUUAGAGUUUUCUCUAAAGGGAGCAAAGAAUGGACUUGGGAAUAACUGUUUUACCCCCUCCCGUUUGACAUUCCUAGUUUGGUUGUCCCUUUGACAUCUUAUAAUGGAUUAAAAUACUGUUUUUGUUGGACAUUUAGUUUAGUUAUGCUCUGGGAACUGUAUUCACCUUUUUGCUAUCCCUUCAAUAUUUUUCUUUUCUCUCCAUAUAAACCAAACCAGUAGGCUCUUGAAAAUGUGCCGUUGGCUGGGAAAGAGUAAAUUAAGGAGACUGCGGAGUUUGAUGAGUGGGAAUAUCAGAAAAUAUCUCAUAUGAUGAGUUGAAAGGAUAUUGGCAAGGGUAGCAAUUUUGUGUUAUAAUUUCUGCCAGUGACUUGUUUGAAUGUCCAGGACAAGUGGCAGGAACAGUAAUCAGAGUACCACUUAAGAUGUAUAAUCAUCAUUGUUGCAAAGGUCCUAAAGAAAGAUAACGACGAAAAUACAGGACACAAAAUAUGAAUUGGUAAUAUAUGAUAAGAUGGAACAGUGGAAUAGGAUUCCUUUAUUGACCCGUUUUGGUUAGGACCCUGUGGUAAGGACAGAUCACGUGAUAAUAUAUAUAAUUUUGUUUGUUUAGAGACGGGCAAUAGAUUGACAAUCCUACUGUUCCAUUAAUUGGCAUAAAUUUUCACGUCAUUGUGAGAAACAUCCUCAGAGCCUUGUUGAAAGAGUUUCAUCAAUUGUUGGAUCAGAUAAGAAUGUCUACUUGAUAACAUACAUUGUUAAAAGGUUGUGGGCAGAAAUAGCCCUAGUUUUACUCAAGUCAUUGGCUGUGUUUUUCAGGUAUGUAUAUAAGCAUUCUCAGAUUUUUAUUUUUAUUUUUUUAAAAUAAUGGAAUGUUUCGCGGCUUCAUAUUAAAUGGUUCAUAACCAGAUCUUGUUAGAUCCAUCUACGUUUUGGAGGUUCACAUAGAGAAGCAGGUGCUGCUGAGGUUCCCAGCUUUUCCGUUCAGUCUCCUCUUCAAACUAACCCUAGCGUCCAGCAGGAUGUAGAAGACAAGUAUCUCUUUGAGAACCAGUGUUACAUCAGCUUUUGUUAAAUUCCAUUCCAACUCCGAGUUACUAAGCUAUAUCUAAGAGUUGGUUUGAAUCAAUAAAUUUCUCUUACUAUGUAAAAUUUGAUCUAAACCUGCAUAAUCUUGAAGCUAUAUUUUGGAAAUUCGGUUUUAUUUAAUGCCAGGAUCUGGCUCAGCCAAAAUUGGAAGCUAGCCCACCUGAAGGAGUUUUGACUGUUCCUUUAUUGAGACACCAGGUACUUUCUUUCAAUUUUCAUGUUCUUGCAUUUGCUAUGCCAAUGUAAUCAUCGGAAAUCAGUCUUACCGAAAUUUCUUGGCAGCGCAUAGCUUUAUCCUGGAUGGUCCAAAAGGAGACAGUUAACCUUCAGUGCUCUGGAGGGAUCCUUGCAGAUGAUCAGGUUGAUUUUACAAUGUCAAAACAAUACUAGCUUGGCUAAUGCAUCAGUUUCAGGACCCUCACCUGAAUAUUUGCUGUCGUUGUUGUAGGGAUUGGGUAAAACUGUUUCGACUAUUGCACUUAUUCUAAUGGAAAGAUCUCCACCAUCCAAAUCUUGUACUACUCCAGCCAACGGUGAAGUUGAAGCUUUGAAUUUAGAUGAAGACGAUGAGUUUGCGAACCCUAUUGCUCUGAAACAGGAGAAUCAAGGUACUCCAACACGUGGAAUGCAGAUCAAAAGUGAGAGUUCUUCUUUGCUCCAGAAAGGCCGACCAGCUGCUGGAACACUAGUUGUCUGCCCGACCAGUGUUCUUCGUCAAUGGGCUGAUGAACUGAAACAGAAAGUUACUAGCAAAGCGAACCUUUCCGUUCUCGUAUAUCAUGGAAGCAAUAGAACAAGGGAUCCCGAUGAACUCAUUAAAUAUGAUGUUGUGCUUACUACAUAUUCUAUUGUGAGCAUGGAGGUUCCAAUGCGGUCAAUUGCUAAUAAAGGCGAUGGGGACAAAGGAGGGGCAGAUGCAAGGGGCUUUUCCAUGGAACCGACUCCUGGUAGAAAAAAGAAAUGUUCUUCAAGUAAUCUAAAGGAUUUAAAGACAGAUGAUGGCAGACUCCACUCUGCUGCUCGCCCUCUGGCUAAAGUGGGAUGGUUUAGGGUAAUAUUGGACGAAGCCCAGACUAUUAAGAAUCACAGGACUCAAGUUGCUCGGGCAUGUUGGGGUCUUCGAGCCAAAAGAAGGUGGUGCUUGUCUGGCACACCAAUUCAGAAUGCUAUAGAUGAUCUUUACAGCUACUUCAGAUUCCUCAGAUAUGAACCAUUUGCUGUUUACAACUCAUUUUGCUCCAAAAUAAAGGUACCAAUCAACAGGGAUCCUAAUGUUGGAUACAGAAAGCUUCAGGCAGUUCUGAAAACAAUAAUGCUUCGUCGUACAAAAGGUGAAAAGCAAAGCUUGAUAUAUGAUUCCUAUCGAUCAAACUCCAACUCCAAACUUUUCAAAAAUGACUAAAUUUUCGACUUAUAAAAUGUUUAUGAGGUUUUUCAUGCUUAAGCUGGCUACACACUGUUACCCUUUAUGCCACUUUUCGCUCAAUUCUUUUUUCUGGAAGUCUGCUUAUUCACUUCAAGGAAAGAGAACUAUAAAAAAAAUGAGGUGAAAAAGACCCUCUGCAUGCUCCCCUUUUGAAAAAACAAUGGUCUUGUGGAUAAGUAGGGAAUUCUAUUUGCAACAUAAAUGUACUUAGGUGGUUCUUGAAUAACAUAAGUGACUUUGUAAUUGAAGUAUCUUUUCCAAUAAUCCUUUCUUCUGCAACCAGGUGAAGAAUUAUCUUCCAUUAUCUCAAUCUCAGUUUAUAAUUUACUUUGGAACUGAUGACUACACCAAACAAUUAUUGCCUCAUUGUUUUUGGCAUUAUAUUGCAACACAGAGUAUUAUUGGAUUACGAGCUGUAAUUCAUGUAAUCAACUAUGGUACAGAAGCCAUUUUAUGUUUUAAAUUCAGGAAGUUUAACAAGACGUCUUUUUUUCCGAGCUUUCUGAUGAUCCACGAGGGUGAAUUUUUUUCUUUUCCGAGCUUGCGCCAAGAAGUUUUUUCGGGGGUUUAAUGUGCUGGUGUCAUGGUUGUUACAGGAACACUCAUUGAUGGCAAACCAAUAAUUAACUUGCCUCCGAGAACAAUAAACCUGAAGAAGGUUGAUUUCUCGAAAGAAGAACGAGAUUUCUAUUCCAGAUUGGAAGCCGAAUCACGUGAGAAAUUUCAGGUAUGGAGUUGUAGCAUCUAGAUUGAUUUAAAUUAUGAUCACUUCAUAUAAAAUCUUGUGAAAUGCUUAAUGAUUUUGAGCGAUAGAGGUGUUUGCCUUACUGUACACAUUUUGCCUUUUUUCUGCUCAAUGCCACUCGUUGUGAUGCUUGCUUCUUCUGUGGUUCUUUCCUCGAUUUUCUUCUGCUUCAUGAAGAUAGUGUUAUCCACUAUUUCUCUUUUAUCUUUGGAUGGGUUUUUCUAGAAAGGUUUGUUGAAGUGUACCCUGGCUGACCGUGCUAAUGAGCCCAUUGAAAAAUUUGAGACCCCCCUUACCUCCAAGUUACCCACUUUGACUGUGUACUUGGUACUAUGACUUAUCAAAUUAGUUGAUACAUCUCGGACUGGAAUUGAGUUUACUCUAUCUGGCUUCUUGGAGAUUGAUCUUAUCUCCCUCAUGAGUGAGUAAAAGAAUAGGAUAGGCCUCCCAUGACAUUUCCUCUUGCAGUUCGCAGAGAAAUGAAGGGGAUGGACAGGAAAAAACAAUAAAAGACAACGUGGUGGAAGAAAAUCGUAUCUCACUACCUUCCAAUCUCUGAUGUCAUUCUCUUCUAUUGCUUUCCAUUGCUAGACGCAUAAGGUGGCUGGCUGUCACUGCCACCUACCGUAGCCAGGGGGAGGGUUACUGGCACUAGGUGAUAAAAAUGGGUUCGUAAUCUACGAGGGACAACAAUCUUAAUAGAUUGUUAUUAUAUUACUUCCAUUCAAAUCAGCUUUCAAUUGUUUAAUAGUCUAUUUCUUUUAGAUAGCUCCUGCUGCUAGUUGAAAGGUUUUCAAUAGGAAUCUAGUGUUUUAAAAAUGGUUACAUACGAACAUAUGAAUUGAAGCUGGUCCGGUUGACAAACAAUGGUAAAACUGGGUUUUCUAUCUUUUUGAGUUUUGAUGCAAGAUCAAGUGGGCCAAUCUUGUUUGGUACUUGUGGAGCAUUGGCAUAUAUAAGUGUAGGCUGUUUGGAAAAUGUGGCCAAAUGUUUGAAUUCUUCAUUAGAUCUUAAUUGUCAAUUGGUAAAGUUCACCCUGGUGUAAAAUUUACGAACAUCUUACUUGUUGAAAGAUGUAUAUAUAUUGCAACAUUUGCAACAUCUACCUGACGUUCACACUUCGGAUAAUCAACCAACAUCAACCAACACCUUAAGUACUUCACCGACUCUUGAACUUAGGGCGGCUGGGCAUGAGUUUAACGUGACAUUGCAUUCCAGAUUCCUUUUCAUUCUAACUGGCCCUUCUGUUUCCCUGCCACCAAGUUUCCCACUUGGCAUAACUACCUUUAGAUUAUCGCCACCUACAAUUACAUUAUAGCUACAUGAAGCCACGUUCGGGAUGGACUGGGAUCAAAAGUGCGGACUCCAUAUCCAAGGCUGCCUAAUGAUCAUCUUGUCAGUUCCUACGCUUCUACUGGGAAAAUGAAAAUGUAGAGAAGGCAAUCAUGAUUACCACUCGGCUGCAUCUAUUUAUAUUUUCUAUUUCAUAAAGAGUUGAGUCUUCCAAGAAUCCAAUUUUCUCCUCCUUAAUUAUGGUUUCUAAUGUCGUUAUAUAUUUAACGAUUCAUGGCAAUUUUACUUGUACAUAAAUUAUUUUUGUCUAUUCACAAGUUUUUUUGGCUCUAUCUCAGGGUUAUGCUGAUGCUGGGACUGUCAAACAAAAUUAUGUGAAUAUUUUGCUGAUGCUCUUACGACUUCGGCAGGCUUGUGAUCACCCACGUUUAGUUAAAGGAUAUGAUUCUUCUUCCAUUUGGAGGUCCUCUAUUGAGACGGCGAAGAAAAUUCCCAGAGAUAAACAAAUGGAGCUUCUGAAUUGUUUGGAGAGCUGUCUGGCUCUCUGCGCUCUCUGUAAUGUAUGUUCUUAUGCCCCUCAGUCCGGUAAACAGUAUUUUUUUCCUCUGUUCGUACUGUAUUUUGUUGAAUUUACAGUUCCUUUCAUGCAGAACUAUUUGAAGUUUUAUUAUAAAUUGGAUUUAGUCUUCUCAUAGGAUAUUUCUUCUCUAUUCGUGAGGUUGUAGACUUAUCGUACAAUUUUUAAUAGAAUGAGAAGACUUAGUCUCAGCUACAUGUUUACGAUGUUAUUUGGUAUGGGGCUGGAACAUUAGGAUCACUAGAAUUUCUUGCUUUGUUUUUUUUUCCCAAAUUUGAUGAUUCUGUUUCUAAAAUAUGUCUUGGGACAAUUUGAGAGCAGAAAUCUUGGGCGACAUGAAAGAAAGUCAAUUAAAUUAUAUGUCAUUGUUGUAUUAGAUCUUGAGUGAAAAUAGGAUUCGCUUAAGCGACAUUUCUUGCUGCGGAAGUAGUAAGGUAUUAGUCCUCUGCCAUGCUGAUGUAGGUUACCUUAACAACUAUCUAAGCAACCACACACUAUAUGGAGCUUAAAAUGCUUGUUUUCUCUUCAGGCCAUGAUGUGCAGGCAUUUUGGCUUUCACGUCUCGAUGCAUUUUAUGUCUGUCGUAAAUUAAUCCGUUUUUCCAAACUUGUGUAAAUGAUAAUGGUCAUAAUUAUAGAGAAAUUAAACUCAGGUUGAAUCAAGGGGUAUGGUCAUUCACCGUCUUCAAUCCAUCUCCUUUGAGUUAAGAGUAUCAAACAGUUAUUUAUACAAUUUUUCCACUUUAUUACAUCUAGUCAGCAUGUUACUUUAAAUGUGAUGUCACGUUUAUAAAGAGUGAGGUGUAACAUUCUGAUUCAAUGCUGUUAAAAUUUUGAAAAGAUAUGCCUUAAAUAACAUGAUGCCAGCAACAUUAUAACAUUACAUAAUAUGCAAAUUGAUCUUAUGGUACCGUUCUUUACCCAUAUGACAUUAUCCUUGUAGGAUCCACCUGAGGACGCUGUUGUUACCAUCUGUGGUCAUGUUUUCUGUAACCAGUGCAUAUCAGAACACCUUACUGGCGAUGAGGACCAUUGUCCUUCAGCUAAAUGCAAAGUUAAACUUACUGGGGCUUCUGUGUUUUCGAAAGCUACACUGAAGAGUUGUCUGUCUGGCCUCUCGGGAGAUGAUUGCCCCCAAUCAGCUGAGAUGACUGAGCCACCUGGGGCCCACAUACCCUCUGAUUCCUCCAAGAUCAAAGCCGCUGUUGAAAUUCUUCAAUCACUGCCCACAUACUAUGUCUCUACCUCUGGGAACGUUUGCUGCCCGCCUGAUGAAAAAUUUACUGAUUCCACUGAAUAUGCAUGUGGAACAGGUUCCUCAAGGCUCUCAAAUGAUGAAAAUGAUAAAAUAAGUCCUGAAAUGUCUAACUUUUCGAAGGCUUUGGUGUCAGAAAAAGCUAUCGUCUUUUCCCAGUGGACCAGAAUGUUGGACUUGCUAGAAGCCAGAUUGAAAAGUUCAUCGAUACAGUACAGGAGGCUAGAUGGAACAAUGUCGGUUGCAGCCAGGGAUAAAGCAGUGAAAGAUUUUAAUACUCUUCCUGAGGUUUUUUUGAUGAUAUUUCUCUCAAAUAUAUUUUUUUCUCUGUAUGUAUAGAAAAAGCCUUUUUCUUUGUUCCUAACUGUCUUUUCAUUUUUGCUGACAUAGGUUACAGUCAUGAUAAUGUCUUUGAAAGCUGCUAGUCUUGGAUUGAACAUGGUAGCUGCCUGCCAUGUUCUCCUCCUGGACCUUUGGUGGAAUCCUACAACCGAGGAUCAAGCAAUAGACAGAGCACAUCGAAUCGGUCAGACUCGUCCGGUUACCGUUUCAAGACUGACAGUAGAAAACACUGUUGAGGAUCGCAUAUUAGCCCUUCAGGUACAUCUUUUAUUGCAUCUGAAGUUGUCUUUUGGCAUUUUAAGAAGUUAAACAUUUUAAGAAGUUAAACAUUUUAAGAUCCAUAUUUCCUUCUUGAGGUUGUCUUUUGGUCUUUUGGUUUCACAUGGUGUGUGGAAAUCGAUUAUCAAACCUGGUUGUUUGGAUUUACAUUUAUUUUGUUCCGAAGGAUGUAAGAGAUCUCAUUUCAGAACGAGGAUGCUUUACUUGUUGCUCCGAGCUCUAGGAAUUGGCAAUAAGUAUGUCCUUGUCAACAAGUUUCCUGAUUUAUGGUAUUCCUUGCUGGUUCUUAUUUCACCUCUUCACCACGUACUUUGCUUUUCAUUGUUGGAUUGUAGGGUUCCGACUUUAUUCAGUGUUUCUUGUUUCCAAAUUUAAUUUAAUUGUAGGGCAAUGACUUUGUUUUUGGAUGGGAACUUUUCCCUGGAUGGCAUAGAUUGUUCCUUUUUAAGGAGAGAUGAUUUACUGUCCCAUUUUGUGUGGGUAGAAAUUUGAUCUUUGGUUAUAAAAUCAUUUAUGACUGAACCAGUAGGAUCAUAACUCUGGUGCAGCGAGUUGGAGACUACCUUGAAUACUGUUGCUUCUUUUUCCCUCGAUGAGUCUCUCUCUCUCCCUCUCUCUCUCUCUCGCUUGUAUCUUUUCCGUUUUUUGUCGGUAUUAAAUGCUUCAGAUGUUGUGGACCGUGGAUACCUCAGUGGGCUAUACUCUGCCUGUCGAACUGCAGGAAACGUCUUGGUAGGAAUGGGUUCAGUAGACUGGGCGGGAGGGGGGGGAUGGCUAGUAACGAGGAGGCAAGUUAACUCAUUAUGUGACCGAGGGAAGUGGCAUGGAGAUCCUGGUGUCAUCCGAGGUGAUCGGAAUGCUUCCAUGGUGCUGAGUAAAAUCUGGUGCGGUGUGGUUUCUUUCCUUGUUGCAUUAUCCCCGGAAAAUCAUUACCACGAGCCAGAGAUUUACCAUUUGCACCAUCUGGUAAACAUCAGGGCCCAACAGUCCCCCAUUGGAAUACUAUAUAUACCACUGUUUUAUAUCAGGGUUUUGUUUUUGUCACCUGGAAUACCCUAUAGACUGUAUCUGCAACGAAGGCGUUUUGUCUCAUGUGAACCAUGUCUGAUCUUCUUCUUCCAUGCAGGAGAAAAAGAGAGAAAUGGUGGCUUCUGCCUUUGGAGAGGAUGGGUCGGGUAGCCAUCAGUCGCGCCUUACCCUGGAGGACCUAAGAUACUUAUUUAGGGUCUGA